UCUACCACUGAGCUAAAUCCUCAACCCCCAAGAUACCUUUUAAAAAGAAAAAAGUGGGUGUCCCUGCACGGCGAGUGAAGUCAGAGACCGACCAUGGUGGCUCAAGAGGUCACUGAUGAGGUUCCUCAUCAAGGGAAGUGUGGCUGGAGGAACAGUCUACCUUGUUUAUGACCAGGAGCUGCUAGGGCCUAGUGACAAGAGCCAGGCUGCCCUGCAGAAGGCUGAGGAAGUUGUGCCACCAGCAAUGCACCAAUUCCACCAAUAUGUGUGCCAUCAGACACGUCUGGAGAUGCCGCAGCUCCCAGGCCCUUCAAAGACUAACUUUCCAAACUUCCGUGAUCCCUGGAACUCAGGCAUCGUCUCAGCCAUGGCAGCCUUGUCUGUGGCCCCCUCUUAGGCCUGAGAAUACUGGGAGUAUGUCAAAGAGCACAGAAAGUAAUGGAUGCCACCUGCCCCAGCACUGUGGGGGUCAAGACCAGGAUGCCACAGACACCCCAGUGGGGACCUCACUCUGAAGGCAGCUUCCAGCACUGCUGGCCCAAUAAAGGACAUGGGAAUGGUCCCCAACGGGUGUUCCUGUGGGAGGAUGUAACAUGAACCCAGGAUCCUGGCAGCCCUUGCUUUAUGGGAGGAGUCCUGGCCAACAGGGAUCUAUCUCUCUGUUCCAGAUGUAAUGUUUGGAGCUUUUAAAACAAAAGCGGGAUGGGAUGAAGAGGUAGCCCAGCAGGUAAGAGCACUGGUUGCUCUUUUAGAGAACCCUAGUUCAGUUCCCUGCGUCCACAUGGUGAUUCAUAAUGGCUGUAACUGCGGUGCCAGGGGGUCCAAUGCCUUUUCCUAGCCUUGGCGAGCACAGCAUGCAUAUAUGCAGGCCUACAUGUAUGCAAAAUACCCAUACAAGUCACAUAAAAUAAUUCUUAACCUUUUCUACUUAAAAAAAGAAAAGCAAGAAAAGACAAAGAGGGUGGGCUGGAGUGAAGGAAGAGAGGAGAAGAAAACAUGAACCAGACACAGUAAUUCAUGCCUAUAAUCAGAGCAUUUAGGGGGCAGGGGCAGGAGAUCAGGUCAAGCCUGGGAUGGGAAAAAAGUAAGGAAAUGAAUAGACUGAGCUAAGGGUGUGGCUCGGUGACAGAACACUUCUUGGAAUGUCAAGGCCCUAGGUUCAAUAUCCAACACAGUAAAAAAUAAUACAAUUUCACAAGCAAUCAAACAUAAUUGAUUUUUAUAGACACUUGGGAAGCCUGUAACAUGAACUCCUGUUGGGUUUCCAGGCAGCCACACAUGCUACACAUCAUUUGGGGACAAUUUUUAAACUCAGAAACUGGGUAUUGGGACUGGUUAAGUGAAGAAGCCAGGAUCAAUGAAUGGCCAGAUGGACUCAGAAAAUCCCUCAUCCUUAUCACAUGGGACCUUCCAACUAACAGGGUGCCUGCCCUUGACCUUCAGAAUAAAUGCUUAAAUUAAGGCACAGCGGUACACACCAAGAACCCUCGGACUUGGAAGGGCAGCCUGGGCCACCUAGAGAAACCCUAUCAAAGAGGAAGAGGAGGAAAAGAUUGAGAUUGGUGGAGGGUGGGGGGAGGCCACAGGGAGAGGGGAAGAGAAAGGUCAGAAAGGCUUAAUAGAAAGAGAGGAUGGAAAUACCAACCCAAAUUCUGGGUUAUUAUCAAGUAUUUGUUUCAGAAUAAGAGGCAGGCCAAGCUCUGUCUACAUAUGAACCUGGAAAAGCCACAUCCUCAUCCUUGGAGAAGCUAACACAUGCAACCCCUGCUCAGAGUCCUUGGCUACGAAUGGUCCUCAAGGAUGACUAGAGGAUCAGUCAACCCGCCGGGUAAUUACUGAGAUUUGCUCCGAGCAGAUGACACUGCCUGGUCCAUGUCUUAAAGAUGCUAAGGUGAAAACAAGUCACUUGUGAAGCAAAGUCCAGUGUUCCAAAAGAUACAGAGCUGGUGACAGGGCUACAGGAAGGAGAAGAACACAGAGAGAGGAUUAUCCCAAGAGAAGGCAGGAGUCAGGUGGCACACGUAUUUAAUCUGAGCACUCAGGAGACAGAGGCAAGUGGAUCUCCGUGAGUUCAAGACCAGCCUGGUGUUCGCGUCAAGUUCAAGGACAUCUAGUUCUUUAAUAAUAGACACCCUGUUUUCAAAAGGGAGAGGAGAGGUAGGACCCAACUAUGUCUUGAUGCUGGAAGAGGAUGAGCAGGGAAACAGGAUCAGCCUGGGGCUCGUAAGAAGGCACAAGGCAGCUGGCAAGAUGGCUUGAAGAGUGAACACACUUUGCCACGCGUGCCUGAGGUGCUCAGUUCAGUUCAGGACCCACAUAACGAUGGAAGGGGAAACCAAAUUCUACAACGUUCUACUAUGUGCACAUGCGCACACAUGAACACACACACACACACAAACACUAAAAUAUUUCUUAAAGCAGCAGUGUUCUGGGUGGAUGUGAGGACACAGCUCCUGGGAGCAGAGGCCUCUGCUGGUAGAAUAUUGCAAGGGAAAUAUCACAAUGCCUAGGUUGGGCAUUCAGGACUGGAGAGAUCCUGACUAAGAUCCUUGGGGUUUAUCCCAGCUCUGACACCCCCCACACCCAUAAGUGCACAUGUGCACUCCCUCCUCUGUAACUAGCCUCCAGCCGGUUUUCUGGGUUUUUGAGUUUGGGCCCAGGCUGGCUGCAAACUCAGCACACAGGCAAGGAUGACCUUGAAUUCCUGAUCAAGUGCCAGGAUCACAGGUGUACACCCGUGUCCAGUUUGAGUCUUACAAUAUCUAACACAGCAUCAACACACAGCUUCGGUUUACACAGACAUGCUAUAAUAUUUCACUGCAAAUUCAAGUUCUGUUUUCUCUACGACUUCUGCUCAGCCCAAAUCCACUCUAAGAAAUAAAGACCACUGGGGACAAGGAAGUUGGGGUGCAUCUGGGAGGAGUUGGGGGUAAUAGGAUCAAAAUACAUUGUAUGAAAUUCUUACAGAAUUAAUUAAAAAAUCAAUAAAAACUUUUACAAAAGGAAAUAAAGGCCAUUAAGUAACAGGAAGGACUUGGAUGGAGGGCAGGAUGGGCAAG